UAUCCUGACCCGACUCAGAAGGUCCCUUGCUGGCGACGCCUACAGACUUAUUCCUCUUCCUUAAAGCCAUAGCAGGGUUUGUUCUUGCAAAGAUAUUCCGGUGAAGUGGCAUUAAAAAUGGAGGGGAAUAAAGAAGAAGAAAAUGCAAAGAGAACAUGGACAGGUAUUGUUGUGAUGGAAAGAUCAUUGCCACUUCUUGAAUAUAUAUUAGAUAUGCUGUCGGUGGAUUAAUUAUCACUAAUUUGACU